CGAUGCAAAAUCCACAACACAAAUUACAGUUACUGCGGUUAAUUUCCCGCCAUGGCCUUCAAAAACCAAGCGUAUUCUGCUCCUUUGCAAAACCUCUUAGCAAAGGUUCUUACAUAACCACUCUUAAAGAAUGCAAAUCAAUGACCCAUCUCAAGCAAAUCCAUGCCCACAUCUUCCGGCUUGGUCUCCACCAAGACAAUGUUUCUCUCAAAAACCUCAUCGCCUUCUGUACUGACCCAUCUAAAGGAAACCUCAGCUAUGCAGAGAAAAUAUUCAAUUACAUACAGAACCCAGGUUUGUUUAUCUACAAUCUCAUGAUCAAAGCUUUUGCUAAGAAUCGAAGCUAUACAAAAUGUCUUUUGUUUUUUUCUAAGUUGAGAGAAGAGGGGUUGUGGCCUGAUAAUUUCACCUACCCAUUUGUUUGUAAGGCGAUUGGUUACUUGGGAGAUGUUUUAGCGGCUGAAAAAUUGCGUGGGGUUGUCACAAAAUCUGGUCUUGAGUUUGAUCCUUAUGUCUGUAACUCGCUUAUUGAUAUGUAUGGUCAAUUUGGUUUGAUUGAUAGUAUGGCCAAGCUGUUUGAUGAAAUGCCUGAAAGAGAUGUGGUUUCUUGGAAUGUGAUGAUUUCUAGUUACGUUAGAUGUAGAAGAUUUGAGGAUGCUAUAAAUGUUUUUUGUCGUAUGCGAGAUGAGAGUUGUUUGAUGCCUGAUGAAGCUACUAUUGUGAGUACUCUUUCAGCUUGCACAGCAUUGAAAAGAUUGGAACUUGGUAAGGAAAUUCAUGAUUAUGUUAGGGAAAAUAUUGAUUCUACUUCUAUUAUUGGAAAUGCAUUGAUUGAUAUGUAUUGCAAGUGUGGCUGUUUGAGUUUAGCCCGAGCAAUGUUUGAAGAUAUGCCUUCAAAAAAUGUCAUUUGUUUGACUAGUAUGGUAAGUGGUUAUGCAAACAGAGGUGAGCUAAAAGAAGCUAGAAGGUUGUUCGAUAGGAGUUCAGUUCGAGAUGUUGUUAUUUGGACAGCUAUGAUUAAUGGGUAUGUGCAGUUUAACCGAUUUGACGAGGCAGUGGCACUUUUUAGAGAAAUGCAAGUUAAAAGAGUUAAACCGGAUAAAUUCAUAGUUGUUUCUCUAUUAACAGGCUGUGCUCAAACGGGAGCUAUCGAGCAAGGGCAGUGGAUUCAUGGAUUUAUAGAGGAUAACAGAAUUUCUGUAGAUGCAGUUGUUGGCAAUGCUUUGAUAGAAAUGUAUGCAAAAUGUGGGUGCAUAGAAAAAGCUUUGGAGAUUUUCUCUGGGUUGCGCGUAAAGGAUACACCCGUGUGGACUUCAAUCAUAUGUGCGCUUGCCACGAACGGGAAAACAAGCAAGGCACUCGAAUUGUUUUCGCAAAUGAAACAAGCUGGGGUUAAACCAGAUGAUAUUGCAUUUAUCGGUGUUUUAAGCGCCUGCAGUCAUGGAGGAUUAGUUGAGGAAGGCCGCGAGUUGUUUAAUUCUAUGACAACGUUGUAUCAAAUUAAGCCAAAAUCAGAACAUUAUGGAUGUCUAGUUGACUUGCUCGGUCGAGCUGGACUGCUAGAUGAAGCUGAGGAGUUAAUAAAGAAGAUACCAGAUGGCAAUAACGCUACAACAGUUCAACUUUAUAGCUCUUUGCUUAGUGCUUGCAGAAUUUAUGGGAAUGUUGAGAUGGGUGAGCGGAUUGCGAAACAGCUGGCAAAAAUUCAAUCAAGUGAUUCCAGUGUGCAUACUCUUCUUGCCAAUAUGUAUGCCUUUGCAGACAGAUGGGAAGAUGUGACAAAGGUGAGAAGGAAAAUGAAAGAUCUUGGGGUCAAAAAGACGCCGGGUUGUAGCUCAAUUGAAGUUGAUGGUAUCAGUCAUGAGUUUUUUUCGGGGCAUCCAUCUCAUCCUGAAAUGAAAGAAAUACUUUCAAUAUUGGAUGGAAUUGCCAAACCGUUGUCAGAUUCAGACAAUAAUUAUAUGGAAAGAGAUGAUUCGACUUUUGAUGGACAAGAGAAAUGCUAAUAUCAGUGAACUUCAAGAAGUUUGUUGGUUUCUUCAUUUCACAUAAACAGAAACAUUGAAACAGAAAACGGCAAAACAAUACGGUUAUCAAUAUAAAAAAUUUAGAGUUUUAAAAAAGAUAUCUGGAAACGGAACGAGACCUCAUAAUGUAGGACUUGAGCCAAUGAAAUGUUAUUGCUUGGAGUGUCUUUUUUCAUCACUUAUGCACUCAGCAAUGCUGCAAAGCUUCUGCUUGGAUACAGAGGAAGCACAACAAAAAUAAACAGGGAACUACAAGAGGUAAUACAAUUGUGCAUUAGUUUCGGUUCCAUUUUUUUUUUGGUGUAAAACCCAAAUUCAGCCCCAGAAAGUUAUAAUUUGUCCAUUUGUUUAUUGACACCAUGACAUUUAGUUCAAGUGGCAUGAGAUCAUAUUCAUGUGAUCAUUUUUAAUCUCAAUGAUUAGAGCAAGACAAAACAUUACUUAAUUAGGAAACCGUAUCUCUGUUCAAUAGAAAAAUGCAAUUCUGUUUACCAUAUCAGACAUGUCACUUUCUUUUGGCCCUUUUUCUCUAUCAAAACAUAAAAUAUUAACACAAGACUCCAAACACAUUAUUCUCCUUUAGACAGUGCUGCAUUAAUUAAUACACUUCUUAAACAAUAUAGUAAUGAAAAGAUUACGCACUAAUAAUUAUAUAAUUUUAUUUCCUCCACUUCAGUUUAACAAACCUCUAGUUUAGGAACAAAAAAUAUCACAACACAGAAGACUGAGAUAAUGUCAUUACAUAUUUGAAUUAGUCAAUUAAAUAGGGAGAUACAUCUCACUACCAUCCUGACCUACAAAAGCUCGAGUUAUAUAUAAAACCUCAUGAUAUCAUGAAUAUUGACAUUAGUGCAUAAAAAAUGGCAUAAUCAGCAUCGAAUAUAUAUAUGGUUAUGCAGCAGGAGCGCAGUCACAGUCGUCGUCGUCAUCAUCACCGUGCAUGGAUGCUGCAGGAGCAUAGUCAUAAUCUCCAUCAUCAUCAUCCCCAUCACCUUCAAAGCAAGGUGCUGGUGCGAUAUAACAAUAUCCAUUGUCAUCAUGAUCAUCAUUUGCAGGCUUAUUGCAGGGAGAGAUUGAAAUGGCUUUGGAUACGGAAAAUAAAGACAUUUUUGUGUAAUGUGGUGAGAUUUCUAUGAAAAAAGAUGGAACUGGGUGUUUAUGAUGAGAAAGUUAAAGAGAUGUGGUGAUGAUUAUAUAGAGGAAGUAGAAGAUGGUGAACUCAAGACGAGCACGUGUCUCCAAGAAUUCUAAAUGACACUUCAGCAAUGACAUGUCAUGCGCCGCCAUUUCAAAUUUGCACUUUGUAAGUGCCUUUAUUAAUUUAAUAUCUUUACAAAUGCCUUUAAUACAAGCAAAUUGUUAGUUAUUCUUUAUGGUAUAUAAUAUGUAUAAAUUACUACUACGAGUAAUAUCAAUUAUUAAUAGAUGAUUAAUAAUAUUUUCGUUAUAUUAUUUUUAGUUAUUUUUAA